AUGUACUGGCGAUUGAAAGAUCAAUCUGAGGAGAACUUCCUGAAGUUUCGUCAGUUGGGGCCAAAGGUCAUCGCUCAGCAAGCUGAAGCUUUGGAAGGAGAAUCUUGUCAAACUGCCAAGGUGGUGCAGAGUGGUUUUCAGUCGCCUGGCAAAGAGAUCCUGAAAAGUCUUCAGUCCCUGGCACAGUUGUUGGACAAGGUGGGCUUGAAGGAGGAUGGCUUGAAGGUGACAGAAUUCCAUCAGCAGCUGUCCGUGAAAGCAGUCACUGAUCGGGAGGCGGUAAUUGCCUCCAUCUCCAAACAUGAUGGAGCCGAAGCAUUUCUGACAUCAAAGUUGGCCUAUUUGAAGGAGUUGGCCACGUCUAAGCCUCCGCCUUUGUUACCUUCAUCUGGGCAGACGACAGUUGGAAAGCCGCAAAACAUGCGGCACAUCGUCCUGAAUUGCGCCAACAUUGGAUGCUACGAAAGAAAUUGGGCCUCUGCAGGUGCAAGAUUUUCAUGA